AGGCCGGAAGUUGCCGAACAGGCCGGAAGUUGCCGAACAGGCCGGAAGUUGCCGAGCCGAGGGUGUGUAGGCCGUUCCCGCCCUGUCAGAGCUCUUUCCGCUUCCGGCGGUGGAGGAGGACGGAGGUUCCUCAGUGCCGCUGUUACCGGUACAGGCCCCACAGGCCGCAGCGAUGUCGGCCCAUCUGCAGUGGAUGGUGCUGCGGAACUGCUCCAGCUUCAUCAUCAAACGGAACCAGCAGACGUACAGCACCGUGAGAUUGCCCCCUAUGGGGUUUUUAUCCCCUAUAGGGCAGCGCAAACCAGCGUCGUCCUACGACCGUGUCAGCAUCCGCAAAAACGCCAGAGCCACAUUGAGCAGCAUCAGACACAUGGUCAGCAAGAACCGGUACAGGAGGGACCUCAGGAUGGCCGCGCUGCGCCGCGCCAGCGCCAUCCUGCGCAGCCAGCGCCCCCUGAUGGUCAGGAAGAAACGGGCACGGGCGGCCAAAGCGGCGCCGUGAGGGGAGACCCCCCCCCCAAAUAAAGGGGAGACCCCCCAAAUUAAAGAGACCCCCCCAAAUAAAGAGACCCCCCCCAUAAUAAAGAGACCCCCACAAAUAAAGGGGAGACCCCCCCCAAAUUAAAGGGACACCCCCAAAUUAAAGAGACCCCCCCAAAUAAAGGGGAGACCCCCCCCAAAUAAAGGAGACAUGGUGGGCA